AGUUGAAAGUUGAAUUCCCAGCUGGAUUAACUUGAAUAUUAAUAGCAGCCACAGCAAAACUAUGUUGCUCGCUGUGGUCAAUCUUCUCCUUGAUGAACCCACACUUUCUGCUGCUUAUUCAGACUUAAAAACUGAUGGGGAUUUUAUUUCCUGAAGGGUUGCGAACAUCACGGGCCUUGUUUUAACUCAUUUGUGACAUGCUUUAUGGUAGGAAAAAGGAUUACAUGCCAGCAUAUAUUUUAUGUCCUGAUGUCUUGGCAUGGUAUGAAUGUAGUUGGAAAUCUGAAUCUGGUAUCCUUCUCUGUCUUCCACUCUAUAAAUUUUAAGGAGAAAUGGCUUGAAAACAAAAAGCCCCAAAAUAUCGAGCUCUGUGAUCUAGUAACACAAGAUAAAACAGACCUUCCUUUCUGAAUGUCUUUAUUCUCUGAGUAGGAGUGAAGAGUUAUGGAGCUGGACAGAAGCAUCUCCUGUUCUUUUGUACCUGAAGCCGAGGGAGUGAAUAGCUGUAUCAUAAGAUGCGUGUUCAGCCUGAUGAUGGUCUUAAUGAUAGAUGGAACAGAAUAUUUGGUGUCUUUGAGGCAAAGGCGGCUGAUUUCAUUUCUAUGUAUUUCUACCCAUUUCCUCCCUUCAAUCCUACUUUCUUGUCAUUGCCAUCGCACUAGUGGUUACUGUCACCAGUGAAAUCUUUGCCCUGCUGCAGUGCGUAUCUCCUUUCCCUGUAUCAGUAGGUCAGAUACAGACAACGUUGAGGGACUGAAAGUAGCCUCCAAUGCACUUGUUUCUAUUCAUAGUGUGAGAGUUGAGGAAAUAAGAAUGCUGUCAGGGUUAUAUUUAACCUCACUUAUUCCAGGCACUUCUUUCACUAUAAACUGAACAAGCUGAAUAAAGUUUUCUACACCUCAAACGUGUAGAACUCAAAGGCCAACUCAUCUCAACACAGAGACCUCUUGAGAGUCCUAGAAAUGUUUUCAGUGUUUGGGUGACCGGUGGCACAUAAAUCCCUGGCAGAGCCAGUACUUCAAAUGAAGCUGCUCUGCCCACCAGCUCCCACAUAAUUUACACUGUCAUGCUGUUUCUUCACCUCCUGAGCAUAGUCAGAUGCUUACCAUUUCUUUAAAUCAAACACCCACUCACUAUUUCUUUGCCAGAGAAAACUCACCAAAGCUGCUUAAUAAAUGGAAUAGAAAGAAAAUAUGGAGAAAUAAGCCUAUCCCAGAAGUGAUCGCUGCCAGCUUCAGUUUUGCUUCUUGGUUUCAGAUUUCUAUUCCUGACAUACACUGUGUACUAAAUAAUGAAGGCAGCAUUAAGUGCUGUGGAAUUCAGCACUUAAUAAUGAGGCUUAUAAGAUUUUUUCCCAUAUAGGAUGACGGGCAGCUGUCCAAAUACACACUGCAUGACACAUGUGGAGUGUGUGAAGGAAGUUUUCUGGUCUAUUAUUGACCCUCUGACCAGAGGAGGUGCUGUGCUGGAUUCUGGAAUUCAGGCUAUUUCUGAGGUUGCCUAUGGAGGGUAACAGCAAAAGUGGGAUGUUUCAAAAGCCCCAAUUGCCACUGCUUUUGGGGAAGUGAAGAGAGGGGAUGCACAGCAAUGAACUUGUUCUAGACUUACAAUUACCAGAAGCACAGAGCUGCCAUGUGCCCUGAUGAGGAUAUUUGACCCUGCAGCCCACAUCAAGAACUCCCUCCCAUCCACAAAGGCAAUUUACUACAGAUACUUCACAUCAAUUCUAGACGUCACCAUUUCCAACCACAACCAUGAAAACCAUUAAAAAGGCACCUGUACAAGACUGUGCUGUACACUCCCUGCAAAACAGAGAAAACAAAUGCCUCCUGGGCAUAUAGAAGUCACACUGAAUUACUAGCUCAUAUAGUCCAUUAUAAUCCAUGCAGCAGAAAAAUGGUGAAAAGAACUGUAAUAAAAACUUUGAAGCAAGUUGCUUGAUUUAUUACAUUUCAGAGGUCAUACUCUUUGAAAUUACCUAGCGACAAUGUGCAUUAAAACAUAACUUAGUGAUCAGCUUUCAUUUAUACACAUAUAGGUGGAGAAAGAUACCUGUCCCAUUACAUUUCAUAGGCUCUCUCUGAAUGAAAACCACACACCCAGAACUGCUUCACACUUAAUUGCCAUCUACAUCCCUCCCACCCAUUGGCCUUUGGACCCUCUGAAACAGCUGCUGGUUGUAAACUCUGCCCUGUCCUAUAGGAAGUACAACCUCUGUAAUACUAAAUCACAAAUGCUUUUGCUUUUUGCCAUACACACAUCAUUUUAGCAGGUGAAGUGUUUGUAUAGGACUGAGAGCACGGCUGGGAAUGCAGAAUUACUGAGACCCCAUUGAAUCUUGAAUUAAAUUCUGCUUAGCUUCUGUGGCAGAGAUUCCAAUUCAAUUUGUGGCUGCCCACAAGAGUGGUGGGGUCAGCAUCCAUGAAGGUGUGAAAGAACUGUUUAGAUGGUCUAUGAAGGGACAUGGUUUACUUGGGAAAUACUGGAUGUAGGUGGAAGUUUGGGUUGGAUGAUCUUGGGGAUCCAUACCAGCUUUGGUGAUUCAGUGAUUCUAUGCUAUGAAAAGAGAACAAAUCGUGGUUUUGUCUUUUUCUGCUAAGUUUGUUUGUGUCUUUUUCAGUGUCUGUUCAAGGACUUUUCAAUAAAGUAAUCUUUGUGAUAUCAGUGGAGUGACCUAUUCCUGCAAUGAAAGCUGUUUUUCCCUUAGGGGUCUACUUGCACUGUGUAGGAGCCAUCCAUACAUUAUCUGUACCAGAGGCAUAUCUAAGACGAUAACUCCACCUGCACACCACGCAUGUCCUGCAGAUGUUCUUCCUCAGGGUCCAAGCAAGCCUUCCAUUGAAAGAGGCAAAGUGCUCAAAUAAGAAUUACACUUGGAACAACGCAUGCCCAGGGUGAUAAAAAUUCUUCUGCCAGGCAGUGAGAGGCUAAGGGCAGUUUUUAUGAGCUCUCAUUGCUGUAACUGUAUAAAGUCCAUCUGUCCUGUAAGCUUCCUGUAUCUGCAUCGUUUCAGUUCAAGUAAAGCCAGUUCAGCUCAAGAGAGAAACCUUCGGGGUGAGAAUUAAUUUAAGACCGGCCUCUUAGAAAAGUAUAAGAAGUAGCUGGAAGCAGGAGAUGUCUUGGACACCCGAACUUCCUCUCAAUGUGCCUGCUGUAACGAUUCGUGAGAGUGCUUUCAGCAAUGUACCAGAGCAUCCCACUCAACACAAAAGCAGCGUGAAUACAUUUAACUGCAACAAGGAAAGAUUCUUCAAGCUGAGAAAUGGAGAAGACACUCCAGAAAGAUGGGAAAGAGAUCCUGAAUCCCAGCAAAAUUCUCUCAGUGUUCGAGAACGAGCUCAGAAAUAUGAGUCUCAAUACUUAACCAAUGGGUCAGAGAUAUCCCCACAGAAGGAAAGCAGAGUGAAUUCACCAAAGAGACCCCAAGAAAGCUUCUCUAAGCAGAGCAAGGGGAAUACAGAUCCAGUAAUUGUGGAAAGAGAUGCCAAGCCCCUGAAACAACCACAAAGCGUCCAAGAUGAAAAGAAGAGGCUCCCAUAUGAGUUUUCAGGAAGGAUGAUGGAGAUGAGCACCUUGAAGGUCAUGGAAUCAGUGCAGGAGGGAAUGGAGAAGAUUCUGAAUCAAAAACUGGCUGUGUUCCAGAGACAAAUGGAAAAGACCCAGCAAGGAAUCCCACACAUGAAGGAACAGAACAACACCUGGUCCUCCCUUCAAAAGAUCUCUGAUAAUAUUCAAGCCUUGCAGAAAGGUUUGGAAGACAUGAAGAUAUCCACAAAGAAAGACCUUCAGAAGCUCAGAGAAGACUUAGAGGAAAGAGUAGCAAAAGCACCUGAGAAGUCUGAGUCUAAAGAGAAUCUGUUGGAGGUGGGGAACCUGGCAGGAAGGACAGUGGAGAUGAGCACCUCAAAGGUUGUGGAAUCAAUGCAGGAGGGAAUGGAGAAGAUUCUGACUGAAAAACUGGCUGCAAUGCAGAGACAAAUGGAAAAGACCCAGCAAGCAAUCCCACCCAUGAAGGAACAGAACAACACCUGGACCUCCCUUCAAAAGAUCUCUGAUAAUAUUCAAGCCUUGCAGAAAGGUUUGGAGGACAUGCAGAGGUCCACAAAGAAAGACCUUCAGAUGCUCAGAGAAGACCUGGAGGAAAGAGUAGCAAAAGCACCUGAGAGGUCUGAGUCUAAAGAGAGUCUGUUGGAGAUGGAGAACCAGGCAGGAAGGACAGUGGAGAUGAUCACCUCGAAAGCCCUGGAAUCCAUGCGGGAGGAAAUAGAGAAGAUUCUGAAUGAAAAACUGGCUGCAAUGCAGAGACAGCUAGAAGUGACCCAGCACACAAAGCCAUCCAUGGAAGAAGAGAACAACACCUGGGCUUCCCAUCAGAAAAUCUCUGAGGACGUGCAAGCCCUGCAGACAGCCUUGGAAAGAAUGCAGAUGUCCACUGAGGAAGACAUUCAGAAGCUCAGAGCAGACCUGAAAGGUUCUUUCAUAGAGCAGCGCUACAAAGUUGAUGUCACCCUGAAUGCUGAUACAGCUCACCCCAGACUGGAAGUGUCUGAAGAUGGGAAGAGUGUGAAUGACACCGGUGUGAUCAGAAAGGUACCCAACAGGGAGGAGAGAUUUGAUUCCCACCUUUUUGUGUUGGCAAAGGAAGGAUACACAUCUGGGAGAUACUACUGGGAAGUGGAUGUUGGAAGGAGAAAAAACUGGAUCUUGGGUGUUGCUUCUGAAUCAGUGACUCGUAAAGGGACUGUGACCCUGUCCCCAAAGAAGGGCUUCUGGGUUAUAGCCUUAGCAGAUGGGCAAGAGUAUUGGGCCUACACGGAUCCUUGGACUCGCUUGACUGUGAGUGGUAGACCGCAGAAGAUUGGGAUCUUCCUGAACAUCUCUGCCAACAAACUCGCAUUUUAUAAUGCCAAAAAGAAAACUGUUUUGUACACUUUUAACAUGGGUGGUAGCGUGCAGAAAAGGAAGUUUGUUCCCUUCUUCUCAACAGGUUCUGGUGCUUCAGUGCAUGACACUGAGCCAUUGAAAAUCAUGCAAGAGUUUGAUGAUGAUGACUAAAUGUGUGAUUAAAUACAGAUUGUGAGAUCAGAUUGAUAUGUUGUCCAAAAAAUCCCUGACUUUGUGCUUCCCAGUGGAAAAUGACUUGGUUUCUGGUAGUUGAUAAUACAAUUUUUCAGUGCUGUUUGCUACCCAUGCAAUGAGACAGCAGAAAAAGCCCUAGAGAUCAUGUUGAUAAACGGAGUGUAGAACUCAGUAUCCAUGGAGAGCCUUCAGUUAUGCAGCUGCAGGUAUGAAACAGAGAUGGCUUUUUGUCACUUCUGUUUCCCCUAAUAAUCAUACCCAUUUGAAUGGACUGGUUGAAUAACCAAAUAAUUCUGAUGUUCCUUGUACACUUCAGGCUUUGAUUUUCUUCAUACCCAUUCUUGGAUCAUUCAGAAAGAAGAAUUAAGGAACUAUUUUCUUUGCCUGAACAGACAUAACCACAGUGCUUUGGUUUUUUGUGAUGGUUGAUACAUGACUUGGAAUUCACACCCAACCUCGAGUAUAUUCUCAACCAAAGCACGGUCAUUUGAGACUGUUCAUAUUCUCUUAAUUGAAGAUAAACAAAUUAAAAGAUAUUUUACUUCAAACUGAUGUUCCCCCCCCCACUUUGAGACACUGAAA